GCUAGAACUCAUGCUGAGAAGACAUUGGUAUCCAAAGACAAGAAACUGAAAAUGGAAAGAGAUGAAGUAGUUAAAAUUAAGAUCAUCCCUCCACCUGGCUGUGGGAAGAAAAUCUAUGAAAUUGAUCCACUUUUACUCACUCACCGCGACCAUCUUGAUUUCUGUUUCGGACGAUACUUGAGAUUGCGAGAGGAUAUCGACAAGCAUGAAAGUGGCCUAGAUCCAUUUUCUCGCGACCAUGAAAAUUUUGGCUUUAGGCAGAGUGUCACAGAAAUUACUUAUAGAGAAUGGGCACCAGGAGCUAAGGAGAUCUUCUUGCUAAACAAUCCAGAUGGUUCGCCACCAAUUCCUCAUGGAUCUCGAGUCAAGAUAUGCUUAUGUAGAUGGUUCACCACCAAUUUCUCAUGA